AUGGCUGAGUCGACCGAGGAGGAUAUCAAGGCACCCGUUGACCCUGAAGUUGAAGUAACUGUUAUGAAACGGAUCGGCAACAAGCCGCCCAUAGAAGAGCUGCUCUACUAUGCCAAUAUCCAACGGGAAACUUACACGGAAGGGCAUGAUGAGAAGGGUAUGAGCCAGUUCACCAAGGUCUUAAACUGGGCAGACGAGAAGAAGAAGGAGCAUUCGGUCAAUGUCACUGUUACCCCAUUAGAGCUGGACGAUACGCUAAGCGAACGAGAGCGAGAGAAGCUAAACGCUCAUCGCGCCCUCCGUACCGCCGGAUGGGCGGCUAUGUUCUAUCUGAUCACCACCGACAUCCUUGGACCAUUCAACGCGCCAUAUGCUUUCAGCACUGUCGGCUAUGUCGGUGGUGUGUUUCUGUACGCGCUAUUCGGCAUCGGUGCCGGAUAUACUUCUCUGCUUCUUCUGUACAUGUACCUCCGGCUCGACUCUGACCGCUAUCCUGUACGGAACUAUGCCGAUCUUGUCGAAGUCGUCGCCGGUCCCAUAGCACGCCGCUUCGCGACGGCGGGCCAGUCCAUCCAGCUCAUCGUCAUUGUCGCGACUGUGAUCCUGGGCAACGGGCAAGCUCUGUUCCAAAUCACCCAGAGCCAGCUGUGCUUCAUCGUCAGCGUGCUCAUAUUUGGGCUUCUUGGAAUGUGUAUAGGUCAGAUCCAGAGUCUAAAGAGCGUCGCUUGGGUCGGCAGUGCCAGCGUGUAUCUCAAUAUCUCCGUCAUUUUGAUUAGCAUUGGUUUCUUUGCGAAUUCUCCCCCCAACUAUGUCGGAGCAAAUGCCGCAUAUGGCCUUCCUAUCGACCCCCCUGCGCCUAUUGAGCACGUCGCAAUUGUAGACGGCACCCUUGCCAACAAGGUCAAUGGAGCGAUGAACAUGGUCUACGCGUGGGGUGGAAUGAUGAUCUUCCCCGAAAUGAUGGCGGAGAUGCGUCGUCCCAUGGACUUCUGGAAGUCAAUCGCUUGUGCCGAACUCGUCAUCAUGAUCGUCUAUGUGAUGUACGGUAUCGUCGGCUAUUCCUUGCAGGGUCAAUAUGUUCUCCCUCUCGCUUAUCAAGGCGUCUCAAAAUACGCUUGGCAGAGCGUCGGCAAUGCCAUUACGCUCCUAACAGUGACAAUUGCUGGAACUUUAUAUUCUAACAUCGGAGUCAAGGUCGCAUUUAUGGUCAUUGUCUACUGGGCUGUCGCAUUCGUGAUCGCGAGCUCCAUUCCUCAGGUGCAAACAUUGCAGGGUCUGAUCGGGGCCACAUUCCUCAUGCAAUACUCGUACACGUUCCCGUUCGCCUUCGAUGUCAUCGUUGAUGCAACCAAGGGAGAUCCUACGUAUGUUCCUGGUCAACCGCACAAGCGUUCCGAUACAUGGCGGGACAUAUCGCGGUGGAAGAGGGGAUUAUUCACCGGCAGAGUGUGGUUUAAAUGGAUGAACUUCAUCCUUGCUCUGGCUGGUGCGGCAACCGCUUGUCUUGGGAUAUAUGGUGCGGUCAUUACGAUUCAGGUGACUUUCGCCAAUGGGGCCGCGACCAGCUUUGGCUGUGCGGCACCUGUCUAG